CUAAAAACAUAUUACUACAAAGAUCAAUCCAUCUCAAAAUGUCUAGCGUUUUAAUGCAAAUGGCGAGUCUUAAAACCCCACUGAAUCAUCUCCACAACUCUAACAACAAGUCUUCAAAUUUCUUUAGCAGCACAAUUAGUACUAAUGCUGCUUCUGCUGCUCGCCUCCGCCUUCGUUGCUCCUCUCAACUCACUGCCGAUCACCUCCAAAUAGAACGAAGAUCUGGAAACUACAGCCCUUCCCGUUGGGAUGCCGACUUCAUUCAAUCACUCCAUAGUGAUUACAAGGAAGAAAGGCACAUGAGAAGGGCUGGUGAGCUAAUUAUGCAAGUAAAGAUGAUGCUGGUGAAAGAAACGGAUCCGAUUCGACAGCUUGAGUUGAUUGAUGAGUUACAGAGGUUGGGCCUGUCUGACCAUUUCCAGAAGGAAUUUAAAGAAAUCUUGAACUCUGUAUAUCGUGAAAAUAAGAUUCAUGAAAGGAAGGAGGAAAACGAUCUUUACUCAACGGCCCUUGCAUUCAGACUCCUUCGCGAGCAUGGCUUUCAUGUUGCCCAAGAGGUGUUGGAGUGUUUCAAGAACGAGAAAGGAGAGUUCAAGCCGAACCUUGUGGACGACACCAGAGGACUGUUGCAGCUCUAUGAAGCCUCUUUCCUGUUGACCGAAGGCGAAAGCACACUCGAGUUAGCUAGAGAAUUCGCUGCCAAAUAUUUGCAGGAAAAACUCGAUGAUGAAAUUGAUGACAACCUUUCAACAUGGAUAAAAUAUUCUUUGGACAUCCCGAUUCACUGGAGGAUCCAAAGGGCGAACGCGAGCGUGUGGAUCGACGCGUAUAAGAAGAGACCCGACAUGAAUCCAAUAGUGUUGGAGCUUGCCAUGUUGGACCUAAAUGUUGUCCAAGCACAAUUCCAAGAUGAACUCAAACAAGACUUUAGGUGGUGGAGGAAUACAAGCAUGGUUGAAAAGCUUCCAUUCGCGAGGGACAGGCUCGUGGAAUGCUACUUUUGGACGACUGGGAUCGUGCAGCCGCGUCAACACACGGAUGCAAGGGUCGCAGUCGGUAAAGUCAAUGCUCUUAUAACAACCAUAGAUGAUGUUUAUGAUGUCUAUGGCACCUUAGAAGAACUCGAGCAAUUCACAGAGGCCAUUCGAAGAUGGGAUAUUAGUGCAAUCGACCAACUUCCUAGCUAUAUGCAACUAUGCUUUCUUGCACUCGACAACUUUGUCAACGACACUGCCUACGACGUUCUCAAGGAGCAAGGCUUCAACGCCAUCCCAUAUUUGCGCAAAUCGUGGAGGGAUUUGGUAGAGGCAUAUCUGAUAGAGGCAAAAUGGUACCACAGUGGACACAAACCAAAUCUAGAAGAAUAUCUCAACACCUCAUGGAUCUCCAUCGGAGCCGCGGUCAUACUAACCCACGCAUUCUUCCGAGUAACGCCUACUCUCACGAAAGAGGCUUGCGACAGUUUGUACGGAUACCACGACAUAGUCCGUUGGUCGUCCAUCAUCCUACGGCUUGCAGACGACCUAGGGACCUCGGUGGACGAGGUGAACAGAGGGGACGUGCCGAAGUCAAUCCAGUGCUACAUGAACGACAACAAUGCCUCGGAAGAGGAGGCGCGGGAGCACGUGAAGUGGAUGAUCGGGGAGACGUGGAAGAAGGUGAAUGAGGACAGAGUGGCGAAGGAUUCUCUGUUUUGUAAGGAUUUUGUGGGAUGUGCGGUGGAUUUGGGGAGAAUGGCGCAGUACAUGUAUCACUAUGGGGAUGGGCAUGGCAUACAACAUCCAAUCAUACAUCAGCAGAUGAGAGACUGUUUGUUCCACCAUUUUCUCUGAUAUCUCUAUAGAAACCUAAGUAAUGUUCAUAUUUGAACCAAUUAAGAAAGUUAUACUACUCCUCAGUUGUAAAAUGGAUUAUUUUACUCCAUUUUGUGGUACAUUAGUUUUACAUUGUAAUUUGUGUACACAAUGUUCAUUUCAAGUGUAUAUAUAUACGUACACUUUGCAUA